UCUAACAUAAUAUAUUUAUUAAUAUUUAAAAUGUUUAUUACACAAAUAUCAAUUAUGAAUAGAAAUUUUUAUUUAAAACAAAAUGUAUCAUUACAAAUUUUAAAAUAUUCAAAUGUGAUUAGAAAACAAACGCCAGUUGAAUAUUGUUUGGAAUUAGUUAGAAAUCAUGAUUAUGAAAAUUAUUUAUGUACAUUAUUGUUAUCACAUAAAAAUAAAGCAGCUGCAUUUGUAAUCCGUGCAUUUAAUGUUGAAAUAGCUCAAAUAAAAGACCAAGUACAUGAUUAUAAAAUAGGAGAAAUGAGAUUAAAAUUUUGGAUAGAUGCAUUAAAUGAUACAUAUAAAGGAAAUCCUCCAAGAAGUCCUGUUAUGUUAGCAUUACAUACAAUUUUACAGAAAUAUUCUCUUUCUAAACAUUAUUUUAAACGUCUUAUUGAUAUAAGACUUGAAAAACUUAAAGAUUAUUCAUUUAAUGAUAUGAGUGCAAUAGAAAAAUAUACAGAAUAUAGUAGUUCUUCCAUUUAUUAUCUUUUAUUACAAGCACAUGGUGUGACUAAUAUUGAUGCUGAUCAUGCUGCAAGUCAUAUGGGCAAGGCUCAUGGCAUUGUGAAUUUAAUUCGAUCAAUUCCAUAUAAUGCUAGUAAAAGAGUAAAUAUGUUGCCACAAGAUAUAUUAAUGAAACAUAAUGUAUCUACAGAAGCUGUAUUACAAGGUCAAUCAAGUAAAGAUCUUCAAAAUGUAAUAUAUGAUGUAGCUUCUUAUGGAAAACUACAUUUAGAUGCUACAAUUUCUCUUAAAUGUAAAAUGGAGAAAGAAGCUCAUUUAAUUUUUUUACCAAUAAUUUGUCUUCAAAAAUAUUUAAAUGAAUUGAGAAGAGCAGAUUUUAAUAUCUUUGAUGCAAGAUUACAGAAAAAGAAUCAUUUACUUCCUUUAUACUUAUAUUGGAAAAGUUACACAUAUUAAACUUGACUUAUAAAUAUUUAUUACAUAAAUUUAGUUUUAAUUUAAAUUAUCUCAAUUAAAAUAU